GGGAGGCCUCGACGGCCACGUCGUCAUCUGGCGCGAGGUGGCGCCGGGGGAGUGGCAGGCAAGCCACCAAGCGUACAUGCAGGGGCCCCUGACCGCGCUGGAGUUUUGCGGUGCGGAGUCUGGCCUGUCGAUACUGGCGGCCGGCGCCGGCGACGAGCUGGGCAUACUUACCGUUCUGGCCAGGCAAUUCACCAGCAUAACGGCGAGUACGGUCCAGCCAAAGAGCGACCAGUGGCAGUCCCACCCGCUCCCCGCGCACGACGGCGGCAUCGUGGCCCUGAGCUGGGCCCCGGUCAGCAGCCCGGCCACCCUCGCGACGGGGCCCGCGAUAGGUCGGGCUGCGCCCAUCCAGCGCCGUCUAGUCACCGCGGGGGUGGACGGGAGCAUCUGCGUCUGGCGGUGCCAGGGGAAGCUGGACUCCUGGGAGAGGCAGCACGAGCUCGCGGACGAGCGGCACGUUGGCAACGUGACCGACGUGGCUUGGAGGCCAAACCUGGGUUUGCCGACGAGCGUGGUGGCUACCUGCACGGACGAAGGCAUGGUUGCAACGUGGGUGCAGGAACUCGGCGGCCACCCCUGGCGGCUGCGGUCCUGUUGGCAGGUGCCGGGAGACGCCAGGCGCCUUUGCUGGUCCGCUGGCGGCCUGCUGCUGUGCGUCUCGGUGGGCGAGACGUCGUGCUUGAUGUUCAAGGAAGUCGUCGGCGGCCAGUGGGAGCAGCUGGAGCCCGUGGAGAGAUGACUAUAAAGCGGGGCCCUUGCGCCGGGUCGGGCCCUGUCUGGGGGCUCGGGGGUCUCUGCCGCUCAUGCGACGUUGCCUGGUGGCAACGGCGUCCCCUGCGCCUGGCUGGCCUCCGCACACCCCCACCCGCCGACGCACCUUCGCCUGCCCGCCCCGCCCACCGACCCGCACCCACUUUUCGUACCACGAGCCCGAGGCGCCACUCGAGCGGUACGGAUGCAGCGCCCGAUGCAGCUGCAGGCGAUUGACUCAUUGAGACUUUGGGAGCACGCCCGGUCGCAAGGGGCAAGGCAUGAGCCCACCCCUUGCGCCUGUCUGUGCGUGAAUUCCGUCUGCUGCCCAAAUGAUGGGAAGGGGACCGACCCCUCUUUCUUCCAGACCUUGGAUUCCUUGUCUGAGUGUUCUUUAUCCAAUGCCCUCACCGUAUCUUCGCGCUCGGUGCGGUCCGCGGCAAGGCCCGUCGACGCGCGCGAGACUUGGUCUAGGCGCACGGCGGCGAUGCCCAAAACGCGUAAACGUGGAGGAAGGAUGCGA